AUGGAAGAAGCAAUAUCUUUUCUUGCGAGAUCAACCAAAGAUGGAUCUAAGAAAAAAGACCUUAUUAAAAGACAUCUGAAGACAAUAGAAGGCAAAUUAGACACUAAUUCGAUUAAAAAUAAUCAACAAGGGAUUUUCAUUUAUAAUUUUUUCAAAUCUACAGAAGUUACGUUGAAUCCAGACGAGUUUCAAGUGAUACGUGAUCUUCGUUUCAUUACAUUCAAAGAUUUCAAAUCAAUAAUCCUUCCUUAUACAUUGAUGGAGCCAGCAUACUACUUUUCUCAAUGCAACACGUUCCUUGAGUAUGUUUCGACUGCAUUACACAACAAAUGGUUUGAAUUAAAUUUAUUCCGGGAAAAUACAUUGAUUUACAUGUUCUGUCAGUUAAUGAUGAAGAUUACGAAGAAAAGAUGCAAGGUAUCUUUAGCUGAGGCAAAAAACACAAACACAAAACAAAAUAGAGAUGAAUUACGAAUUUUUACUCAAAAUGGACAAAUUGUUGAGUUCAUGAUCAACGAUAUACACGUGUCAAAUCUGACUGACGAUAAUGAUUUUGUCGAAAAAUUGUAUUCGACUUUUAAUGUCGAAUUUGAGACCGAAAUCGACAAUACGAAUGACGUAAUGCUAUACAAUGACUUGGAUAUUAUCACUUGGAAAGUGUUUACCAACUUAGAUUUUCCAAAUUGUGAAAAUGAUAAAAUUAAUCGAACAAUUAACAUUUUGGGAAGCCAAAUGAGGGAGAAUCGUGACGUAAAUGGCUAUAAAGCUGGUGUUGAAGAGGUUUUGUUGCAUAACAAUCAUUUAUAUUUGCAAUUUAAACCAAAUUCAAUUAAAUUCGAUCUGAAAUCAUCGAUUAAAUGGUAUAAAGCAAGAGAAACUAAUGAUUUACAGUCAUGGUUACCGGAAAUUGCUGAGUAUUCUUACAAAAAGUAUCUAAUUCAGAAUUAUGAUUCAAAUUUGUAUUGCAAAAACAAAUUUAAUGAAUUAUAUUUGAACAAGAGUCCGAAAGACGUUGAUAAGGAACUAAAUCAGCAAGAGUUACAAAAGUUUUGGGAUAAUUUAUCAAUUUUCAAUCAAAAAAUUUUCGAAAAAAAUUUUUUGAAGAAAAGGAACUUCACUUUUCAAGAAAUUGAAACUCUUCAAGAAAUUCUUGAUGAUUAUCCAGAAGACAUGAACCUAGUAAUACCGAGAGUCACGAAAUCCGUCUUCUUGAGUAAAUUGACUGAUCUCUUUCCUUCAAUCUCAAAAAUGAAUAAAAAUAAUUUGAAAGACGUCUAUUCAAAAAUUGAGAGGGAAACCGUCAACGAAAACAAACUGAAGAUUUACAGAGAACUCAGAGAAACAUUCGAAAACACACAGAACUUAAGUGUAAAUUACAAAAAUGUUUUCGAAGGAAGUGAAAUGUUCAAAAAAUUGACAGAUUGCGGUUUGAAAUUUUAUGAGAUCAGGAAAAUGUUUUCAAGUAAGUGCAGCACGAUACCUAUUUCUCAUCUGAUUUAUUUAGUUGCCAAUUCUUACAACGUAAAUAAGAAAAUGAACGAUAUCUGUCAAACCGUUUAUAAAUUCACUUUUAUGGAGAAUCAUUAUGACGAAAUCUUGGAAUUUAUCAGUGAUAACAACAUUACAGAUCUCAAUGUUUUCAUGGAAAAGAUGUAUUUCAUUUCUGAGACGAAUUUUGUCCAAAAAUAUUACAAAUAUUUUGAUGAUUUCGUUGCUUGGAACUUGCCAAAUUUCUUUGACAAAAAUCAUUUAAUUGUUGAAGAUUUUUACAAGUUUUUGGAGCAAGAAAGUUCAGAAACAAUUUCAAAAGUCAAUGAUUUAUUGAGUGAAGAAAACAAUGCAGAAAAAUCCCAGAAAAUUUUGGAUUUAUCUCUUAGAUUUAAUGAGUUAUUGACUCCUUUCUUGGAGAAUUUGUUGCCGCCGAUGUGUAAAAAUGCAGGUAAUAUAAUAGAAUAUGAAAAAGAACCAGUUUAUAAUAUCAUAAAAAGUGUCAAAGACUUUUUGACAUUUAAUACAAAUAAUUUGAAGACUUAUGAACUAGUUUAUUUGGAGCAGUAUAACUUGAGAGUUUCAAACAAAGUUAAUAAUAAGUUUUGGAGAUAUUCGAAAGGAAAAAUUUUCAUGUUUUGUUUCGAUAACAAAUAUUCAAAAGAUGAUUUCUUGUUUGAAAAUGGAAAUCCUGAUUACAUAACUUUGAAAUUGCCAAUAAUUAAUGCAAGUAAAAAAUUGGACUUGCAAAAUCUCCAGAAAAUACAAAAACAAAUUUUGGCUUUGAAUCAAAAUUCUCAAAAUCAAAACUUUGAAAAUUUGAUCAAAUCAAAAAUUUCAAAAAGUGACAGCUCACAACCGCUUUUUGUCAAAUGUCUUGAAUAUCUUGAUAUAAUGAAAACUGUUAAAGUAGAUGUUGAUAAAUACAGAGCAAUUAAUGAUUUCAAAUCGAGUGUUUCAAAACAAAAUGAACAAUUUGAAAUUCUUGAUUUAUCAGAAAUGUCACUUUUUAUUGAUGAACUUGAAGGAAGAAUUCUAAGUAAUUUUUCGAAGAUUGAUUUGACAAUUCCAAAUAUCAUUACAAUACAAGAGAAGCCGCUGGAAAUCUUGAUAAGAACAAAUCUAAAUAAUCCAAAAAUUAAAAUAAAAUCAGAACAAGAUAAUGUCAAAGGUUUUAUGUCAGAAAAUAUGAUCAAACUUCAGAUCCCUGUAAAAGAAAUGGGAUUAGGUUAUAACCAAGUGAAUUUCGAUUUGUUUGUUAAUGAUAUCCAAUAUCCUUUCAAUUUGAAUUUGGGAAAAAUUGAAAGCCAAGUUUACAUCUAUUCAAAAGGUUUCACUUUUUAUUACAACAAAGAAAAUAAUGUAAUGUGUUACAAUCCGAAAUUUUUGGCAGAAGACAAUCCUUUGACUGUCAGGACGUUCGGAACUGAUUUAUCACCAAUUGACCAUAAACUUCAGUUCUUCACCGAUAAUAAACCGUCAACAGAAUUUGACAAUGAUGAAAAAGUGACAGCAAUUUUGCCAGAUACGGAUCCAGAUUAUUACAUGAAUGUUUUAGUCUCGAAAGAUCUUUCUUGUCUUAUUUUCACUCGUUUUGAGAAAUUUGACAGACCGUUUAUUACAAAAUAUUUCAACAGAAUGGCAGGAAAAUUCGAAGAAAUGCCGGAAUAUUUAUAUGCAGGAACUCUUGGAUUCAGAUACUAUUUCUAUAUAAAUACUCCUCUUAAGAGCUCCAAAGAUAAAUUGACAGUACAACUUGAUCCAAAUGAUGAUUUACAAAUCAAAGACAUGAAAUAUUCCGAUGACCACAUUUUGUUGUUUGAUUUAAGUUUUUCAAGACAUUGUGAUGAAGAAAGUCAAUUGAAAAUUAUCAUUUCUACCGAUAAAAAGGAGUUUGUCAAGGAAAUACCGAUAUCUGUUAUUCCUUUCCCUUUGAAUAUCAUUGAUGAAGGAGAUGAUGUUUGCAUCGAAGCAGAGUAUUCUGAAUUAGAUGAUUAUCCUUUUGUUUAUUACGAUGAAGUCAGCAAAAAAUGGUUGCCAAUAAAAACAAAUGAACCAGUUCCAAAACCAACCUAUAAAUUUGUUGUUUGCACGCUCAAUGGUUAUUAUUGGAGAGCAUUUAAUACAGAAUACAACAUUGAAACAAAUGUUGAUUUUUCAAAGGAUUCGUGUUUCCCUGAAAACGUGACAAAUUAUUGUUAUUUUGUUGUUUAUGGAAAUUCAUAUCAAAUUGUCAUGGAAAAUGAAUAUGAUCCAAGCAGAAUGAAGCGAGUUGCUGUGAGAUUAUGUGAUGAACCUUAUCAUCCAAAUGAACCUGAUACAGUUUGGGUCAAAACAUGGGCUCCAAUUUCUGAUAAUUUGGAUUAUUUGAAUGAAAUUUUCAAAGAUAUGAAAUUCAAAGACUUUGUUCGGAUUUCUGAUGAACUUUACAAAUUUUUGAAGGUUAAUCCUGAUGAUUCUCAUUUCAGUAAAAAGAUGAAUACAAAAUAUUCAGAGAUAAAGAAAGUUGGUGAUGGCAAAGGAUUGAUCAAAUACAUGAACAUUAUUUUCGCUGACAGAUUGAAGUUUUUCAGACAAAACAGAUAUCAAUUAAGAUUGCCAAUAAAACUUGAUGAAAUUUUUGCAGCACAAAAGUCAAUGACAACGAAACAUGAGUUUAAUCCAUGGGAAGUUAAACAAUGGAAUAACAUGAUAGAACAAAAACAAAAUGAAAUGAAUAAAAUUGACUUCCAAGAAAUUGAAAAUGAAGAUUCAAACGAAGUAAUUCAAUUUACAAAAGAAAGUGUGUCACUUUUAUCUUAUAACGAUAUUCAAGUCAAAGAAGAACCCGAAAUUAAAUUGGAUAUUGGAGAAGUUGAUUAUGUAUUUGAAGAUCUUGAAUCGCUAACUAUUCCUCAGAUAAAUGAUUUGGAUGACAAUUUUUAUUGGAAAUCAAUAAUUUUGUGCAAGAAAUAUCCAUUUGUUGUUAGAAAACACUUGUCUGAAUAUGACAAAUUGCCUAAUAAUGCGUUCCAUAUUUAUUCAUUCUUGUAUGAACUUUAUCAACUCUCAAAGAUGAUCAAAACUGAUAUUGCAAAUGAAUUCAUUCGCUGCUUUGAGUUCAUGACAUUACAAGUUGGAGAUGAUCAAGAAAAAUACCAGAAUUCGAUUGUUUUGCCUUCGGCUGUUUUCGGAGAUGAAAAAGAAGAGAAAGAAGAUGUUUCAUUUUCUGAAAUUCCAAACGAAAAAACACAAGAAAUCAAAAAUUAUGAAGUUCAAGAUCCAAUUCCUUCUCAACAAAACAAAGCUGAAAAUCAACAAUUUUCUGUUGAAUUAAAUCAAAACCAACAAAACACGACUAAUUUAACUCAUAAUCAACAAUUUUCUGUUGAAUUAAAUCAAAAACAACAAGAAUCUAUUAAUCAAAAUUCAACUCAAAAAACUAAUGUUCCAAAUCAAAUGGUGAACCAACAAAUGAAUGAUGUUAAUUCAUCAAACCAAAUGAUGAAUUCAAAUCAAUUUUUUGGACAAAAAUCGGAUCUACAGUUGAAUAUGAAUGUUCAAAAUCAAUUACAGAAUCAGCAAAUGAUGAAUCCAAAUCCAAUGAUUCAAAAUCAGAAUUCUAAUAUGCAGAUGAUGAAUCAAUUAAUGAACCAAAUGAUGAACACUCAAAAUCCAAUGAUGAAUCCAAUGAACCAAAUGAACCAGAUGAAUCCAAUGAACCAAAUGAACCAAUCGAAUCCAAUGAACCAAAAUCAAAUGUCACAGAUUAAUCAAAUGAUGUCACUAUUGAACCAAAUGAAUCCAAUGAACCAAAUGAACCAAAUGAAUCCGAUGAACCAAAUGAACCAAAUGAAUCCGAUGAACCAGAACCAAAUGAAUCCGAUGAACCAAAUGAACCAAAUGAAUCCGAUGAACCAGAACCAAAUGAAUCCGAUGAACCAGAACCAAAUGAAUCCGAUGAACCAGAACCAAAUGAAUCCGAUGAACCAGAACCAAAUGAAUCCGAUGAACCAGAACCAAAUGAAUCCGAUGAACCAGAACCAAAUGAAUCCGAUGAACCAGAACCAAAUGAAUCCGAUGAACCAGAACCAAAUGAAUCAGUUAAAUCAGAGCCAAAUGAAUCAAAACCAAAUGAAUCCAAUGAAUCCAAUGAACCAAAUGAAUCAAAACCAGAUGAAUCAAAACCAAAUGAAUCAGAACCAGAUGAAUCAAAACCAAAUGAAUCCAAUGAAUCCGAUGAACCAGAACCAAAUGAAUCCGAUGAAUCAGAACCAAAUGAAUCAGUUAAAUCAGAGCCAAAUGAAUCAAAACCAAAUGAAUCCGCUGAAUCCAAUGAACCAGAACCAAAUGAAUCAAAACCAAAUGACUCAAACGAACCAAAACCAAAUGUAUCCGAUGAACCAGAACCAAAUGAAUCAGAACCAGAUGAAUCAAAACCAAAUGACUCAAACGAACCAAAACCAAAUGUAUCCAAUGAACCAAAUGAAUCAGAACCAAAUAAACCAAAACCAGAUAAAUCAAAGCCAGAUGAAUCCAAUGAAUCCAAUGGACCAGAACCAAAUGAAUCCGAUGAACCAGAACCAAAUGAAUCAGUUAAAUCAGAGCCAAAUGAAUCAAAACCAAAUGAAUCCAAUGAAUCCGAUGAACCAGAACCAAAUAAACCAAAACCAGAUAAAUCAAAACCAAAUGAAUCAGAACCAGAUGAAUCAAAACCAAAUGAAUCAGAACCAAAUGAAUCAGAACCAAAUAAACCAAAACCAGAUAAAUCAAAACCAAAUGAAUCAAAACCAAAUGAAUCCGAUGAACCAAAUGAAUCAGAACCAAAUAAACCAAAACCAGAUAAAUCAAAACCAAAUGAAUCAAAACCAAAUGAAUCCGAUGAACCAAAUGAAUCAGAACCAAAUAAACCAAAACCAGAUAAAUCAAACAAAUGAAUCAAAACCAAAUGAAUCCGAUGAACCAAAUGAAUCAGAACCAAAUAAACCAAAACCAGAUAAAUCAAAGCCAGAUGAAUCCAAUGAAUCAGAUAAACCAGAAUCUGAUGAAUCAAAUGAAUCAAUUUGGUUUUGUUCCUCAACCGCAAUUUUCGCAGAAUUCUUCAAACAGUUCAUCGCCACAAAGCAGCAAUCAGCCAAUGCCACAGCUAAACAUUUCCCAGUCAAUUGA